AUGUCGCUUCAAGUCCGAGGUCCAGACUUCUCGGUGACGAAGCAGAAGGCCCUUGAAGAUGCGAAAAAGAUGCAGGCCGCGGUGGAUGAUGAGGUGACAAAAGCUGGGCAGGACAAGCCGCCCUAUCUUCUGAAUGAACUCAUUGGCAAAGGAAGUUUUGGGCGCGUUUACAAAGCAACCGAUAUCAAUACUAGCAUGCUGGUUGCAGUCAAGAUUAUCGACAUUGAAGAAAGCGACACCGUCAACCCCAAGCUCGCCGACACGUUCAAAGAGUUCCUAGCCGAGGUCAAUGCCCUCAAACUUCUCAGCGACAGCGGCGCCAAAAACAUCAACCAUGUCAUCGACGCGUUACCUGUUGGCCAGUCCAUGUGGAUGAUCACCGAGUACUGCGCCGGCGGAAGUGUGGCGACGCUCAUGAAGCCUACAGCUCCCGGUGGCUUGCAAGAAAAGUGGAUCAUUCCUAUCCUCAGGGAGGUUGCUGAAGCCGUGUCCUGGGUUCACCGGCAGGGGAUUAUUCACCGUGACAUCAAGUGCGCCAAUGUGCUGGUCACUGAGGCUGGCGGGGUGCAGCUUUGCGAUUUCGGAGUCGCUGGCGUAAUUGAGACGAAGUUCGACAAGCGAUCAACCUUCAUCGGAACCCCUCACUGGAUGGCACCAGAACUUUUCGACCAGUCGACAUCGUAUGGUACCGAGGUUGACAUUUGGGCGUUUGGCUCCAUGGUGUUUGAAAUUGCUUCUGGUCUUCCACCGAAUGUCAUGGCCGGCAUCGACGUUUACCAGCUCGGCAACUACAUCAAGGCGCACACGCCACGGCUUGAGGGCGACCAGUACUCCGAUAGACUGAAAAAUCUGGUUGCCUACUGUCUCGAGGAGGAUCCCGCCAAACGGCCGACUAUCGAACAGGUCCAGAAACAUCCUUAUAUCGCCAACACGGCCCAAGAAUACCCAGCCUCGUCACUAGCUCUGUUGGUCAAAGGUUUCAAGCUUUGGGAAUCGCAGGGCGGCAGCCGUAAAUCUCUGUUCGCCCCUGGUGGAGCUCAGGGCAUGUCUGGCAUGGACGAUUCUGACUUCUCGUCUACUGCGAUGGCGAAUGACGAGUGGAAUUUCAGCACGACAAUGGCAUUUGAUCAACAGGUAUUCCAGAACACAGAUGCCCAGGCAGUCUACGAUGUGUAUGGCUCAAACGUGGAUUUCGACCCUGGGCUUCUGGGUGAGAUGUCACGAGCCAAGCCAAAAGCUCGGAGGAGACCGCCGCCUCAGCAGCUCGCCGCCAUGAAGGUCCCAUUGGAAAAAGUAUUUGACCCGAACACGAUAUCCAACUACGAGGAUAAUUCCAGGGCAUAUUACGGCAGGCCGAUACCCCCGCCGACUUCGGACCUUCCUCUGCGAGACGAUUCUCUCCAGUCGACGGCAGUGAGAGAAUCCCUCAUUGAUCUCGAUGCCUCGCUGUCCGGCGGCGAUCUCGCCAACUUUGUGGACAUGGACACUAUUAGAGCUGGCGGCCCACGCGUGUCUGUUGACUACCACAUGGGAGAUGAGCCAGAUUUUAACAAACCGCCUUUGAGCGACCCGGCGGAUAUGAACCCGAAUAGGAAAACACAGGACUGGAAGUUUCCUUCCAUGGCCCCACCGGCUUCAGCGAACCCAGAAAUGUCCAGGUUUCCCUUCAACGAGGAUCGUCCGUUUCACGAAGACCGAUCUUUUAGCGAAGACCGUCCCUUCGUGUUUCCUGCCCUGGAGGAGGAUCGCUCGGCACCGAAUCCUGCAUCCCGCCCACAGAUGUUUCACCACCAGACUGAACCAGUUCCCGCCCCUUCUUAUGGCAAUGACUUGAUGGCCCCCCGACCGAAUUCUCAAAUGAAUAACCGGGAAUCCACUGGCAGCUUGAUUGACCUCGACGAGCUUAUGGUCCCAGAAACAAACUAUCAGAACAACCGCGUGUCAACCGGGAGCCUAAUCGACCUCGACAUGGGCCUGGCCGACCCGAUGCCGGAGCUCACUCGUCCCUCUACGGCCAACUCAGAUGCCGCUUCUGUGAGCGGCUCAGACAUCGGGAUGGCAAACCCCUUCGACUUGGAGCGCCACGCUUCCUUGUACGUUCCCACAACCAACCGGGAGCCGUCCAUCUAUGUUCCAGCGUCAAAUCGCGAACCAUCCAUCUACGUGACGGCAUCCAAUCGAGAGCCUUCUAUCUACGUUUCGGACGACUCUGACUUCGCUUCGAAGAUUCCUCGAGAUGAAGACCUCAGCCUUGCUGACUUCUCUAUGGCCGAGCCCGGCGCUACCGUUCGGCCGUCAAACGGCCAGAGUGGAUUAAGGUUGAACACGCAUCGGUCGUUCAACAGCGUCAACAGCGCCGACUACUCGGACCCUGAGUAUCUGACUCCACAGCAGGCCGCCCUGCCGACUCUGCCCCUCGGCGGUCCGCGCUCAACGGGUAGUCGGGAUAGUGGUAUCCUCCCCUUACCGCCGCCACCUGCGCCGCCAUCGGUGGAGGUCAUGCAAGGUUCGGCCAGCGCGGAUGCCGUGAAAGAAGAGCUGAGGCGGAUGGCGAUGAGUCUUGGCGAGCACCUCAGUCAUGCGAACCAGUACCUUUCAACGCUGCCGGUGCGUAAGGGUGGAAGACAAGAUUUAAUGGGAGAGACAAACUGA